GAUGAUGACCCAACUUUGACUAAAAGUAACGGAGCCAACUCGAAACUGCUUUUCAACAGAUCAAUUGAUGUUGUGUCGUACUGCGGACUUCCACUUUUAAAUAUAGACGCGCACAAAGUGAAGACUAUGAGUUUUGCGCCGUGGCAACACUAAGACGUCGUCAGCACCUGACAAAUCAAAAAUAAUAUAUUGUGAGAUCUUUCGUGGCUAAAAGACUUUACAAUCGCUUGAUAAGAUUACCAGCGUUUCCAUUUUCUGAGUCAAAAAUAAAUGUUGGCGCACUAAAUUCGCAAAAGAGUAUCAAGCAAUGAUAAAGAUUAGAAAUGCCUGAAGCGGUAGAGCGUUCAUUGCGGCUAUGAAUCAGUUGAUGCUUACUCAAUUGCGAUGCGCCAGCGGAUCCUAGUUAAAUGGCUAGAACAUAUUUUGAGGAAUUUGCUUUCUUUUGAAUGACGCAGACUUAUUGCUGGUACAAUUUGAAGGAGAAGGAGCUCAUUUAUUACAAUAUUUCAAUAUAUAUGGCAGCUAGCGAUAAAUUUUGGUGGAAGAUGCUAUCGAUUAAGAUUGGCCUUCUAUCAGUAUAUUUGUCUUUAAAUGUUUGCCUGUUUGGCACGAACAUUAGUGUGGGAUGGUGAUAGCAAGGAUAAAAGUAACAUCACUAGAGCUCACCACUCAAUUUCACUUCUUUCGGACUUCAAUUGCUGAAGCAAGACGCAUGGCUUUAGCAAGAGCACUACAACAAUUUAAAGCGCUUGUUUCAAAACAUAUAGGAGUCCCAAAGAGUACGCAAGGCAAAAUUUGGAAGCGUUAAUUAGAUUAAAAAAAGCUUGAAGGGACGAAACACAUGACAAAGCUAUGGUAAAAUGUGAUAGAGCUAGUCAAGAGUUUGGUAUUGCUGAUAGGUUGCUAGAUUCCGACGUACUCCAAUUUUAAAAGACUUUUAUCUGAAGUGCAAUGGCAUUAUCAGCAAGCACAUCGUCGAGAGAUAAAGCUGAUAGAGACAAAGCUACACACUAGCUCAAGUCCAGCAUUGCGCCACCUUUAUUACUCUCAUAAGCGAAAUACGACCACGAAUGGCAAAAUGAGUGGUGUCAGCCUGACUUGUCUAUUAUUAAUUUGCAUCACUAAAGCUUGUAAGGUACCACAACUUCGUAUCCGAACACUAUUCACAAUGAUAGCUAUUUGCUGCAGCACUUUCAGCUUCGCUCAUAUCUGCUGGUCGUGUUCCAAUCACAAUCGAAUUUGCCGGUUUGUCCAAAGCGAAGGCUGCUGCACCUUCAUAUCU